AUGCCAACUUGCGUUUCUGUCGACAAUUGCAUCUGCCACUUCUCUCCACUUCGUUCCGAUCCUCCGGUUGUUCUGAAGGAAGGAAGCGUCGUCAAAGUCGAUCUCGGUGCCCAUAUCGACGGCUACGUCGCCACCGCUGCUCAUACGGUCGUUGUUGGGGCCACAAAGGAUUCCAAGGUUUCCGGAAAGAAGGCGGAUGUGAUCAAGGCCGCCUACGAAGCUAUGGAAAUUGCCAUCCGAAUGCUCCGGCCUGAGACCAAGAAUAUGGAUAUUACUGCGGCUAUUGACAAGACUGCCGCAGCCUAUGGCGUCAAGCCCAUCGAGAACAUGGUUUCCCAUUCACUGGAGCGCAACCAUGUGCUCUACGAGAAGGAGGAGGAAAUUGUCGCGCAGUUCAAGUCGACCGUUAUGGUGAUGCCGAACGGACUCGUCAAGAUCACUGGACUGCCCUUGGAUGUUGACACGCUGGCCCCAACCUGCAAGCUCGAAGAUGAGGCAUUGUUGAAAACGCUCAACUCUGCUCUCAAGCCCAAGAAGAAGAAGGCCCCUGCCGGAAAGAAGGAAGACGCUGCGCCCGCCGCCGAGUCCAAG